AUGCGUUUCUCAGUGCGCGCACGCGCGAUGACGUACUGGCGGAGGAAUUCCGUGCAGCGCAGCGUGAUGCUUCGCGAAGCGCAACCGCGACGACCGCGGCGACGCGACAUGCACCGCGGAACGGUCUGCAAGAGAAGCGCAGCAAGUAGCACGACGACAUUCCAAUUAGACAAGCUCGUUUCCCGUUCGAGUUUCAAUCGCACGUGCGCCGGCUCCGCGGCCACGCUCAAGUCCCGAAGGUCUCUAGGGUUCCUCGGGACCAAUUCCAUGGAGGAAAAGAAAAGAAAGCUUAUAUAUGGAAAGGGUAAGUGCAUAUAACAAG